CACCAUUACAUGUGCCGCCCCCUAUGAUUUGAAAUGGAGCGCUUCUCUUGCUUUCCUCUCAGAUCUCUACUUGCAUUUCUCUCCCACUCUCGCUCUACUGCUCACUGCUGAGCUUCGCUCUAUUUGGCUCAUUCGUCCAUGGAACCCCUGCAAACCCUAGCUCCUUCCUGCAGAGCGGCGUCUCCCCUUGCUCCCCGAUCCCUCUCUAGUAGCGGCAGAAAAACAAGCUCCGUUCUUGCGAGUCCCAGAUCCGGCCGGGAAAACAUACCGCCGAGCCAUCCGAACGUACACAUCGAUCGUUCAUCUUCAACUUUGGUUUCUAAGAAGAAGCAGCGAGUAGCUCCUAUCGUUGGGGAAAACCCUGCUUUUCAUGGUCCAAACGAUGGAUCCGUACCGCCCACUGAUGAUUCAGUCAAGGUUAUUGUGAGAAUAAAGCCAGAUCAAUUGAAAGGAGGUUCUCGAAUUUUUCAAAGAAUUACCUCUGAUACUUUGUCAAUAGGGGAUCAAACAUACUCUUUUGAUUCUAUCCUUGAUUCGGGGUCUUCUCAGGUGGACGUCUUCAAUUUAAUUGGAGUACCUCUGGUGAAAAAUUCCUUGGCUGGUUUCAACAAUUCGGUAGUCUCUUAUGGACAAUCAGGAGCUGGAAAGACAUACACCAUGUGGGGCCCACCCGGUGCAAUGGUUGAUGGUUCAUGCAUCAAUAGCUCCCAAGGCAUUGUGCCUCGCAUCUUCCAAAUGCUAUUUUCAGAGAUUAACAAAAAGGGAGAAAAUUCUGCAGGAGUACAAACAAAUUAUCAAUGUCGGUGUUCUUUUCUUGAGAUAUAUAAUGAGCAGAUAAAUGAUCUUCUUGAUCCAACUCAUCGGAAUCUGCUGACAAGGGAUGAGGCCAAACACUCUUUUCAGGUUGAAAGUUUGAGUGAAGAGUAUGUUAGCACCAUUGAUGAUGUUACUCAACUAUUGGUUAAGGGUCUCUCUAAUAGAAAAGUUGGUGCAACAAAUUUAAACUCAAAGAGUUCACGAUCUCAUAUAAUUUUUACCUGUGUCAUUGAAUCAUGGUGCAAGGGUUUGUCAUCAAAUUACUUCAGCAGUUCAAAGACUAGCAGAAUCAGCUUUGUUGACCUUGCUGGAAUUGGUGAUAAUGAUCUCGAUGCUGUCAGCAGACAAACUAUUCAAGAAGACUGGUUUAUCAAGAAAUCACUCUCAAAACUUGGGAGAUUGGUCAGCAUUCUAUCAGAUUCCACUCACCAAGAAAAUAAGGAAAAGGUUCCACUUUUAGACUCCUGUUUGAAUAACGUAUUGCAAGAUACUCUUGGAGGCAAUGCGAAGGCUACGUUCAUUUGUUCUAUUUCUCCUGAUGAAAGAUACAAAGCAAUAACAUUAAGCACGCUAAGAUUUGGUGGACGGGUGAAACAAAUAAAAAACAAGGCAAUGAUCAAUGAAAUAUCUGAAGAUGAUGUUAAUGGUCUGAGCGACCAAAUACGUCAGUUAAAGGAAGAGCUUAUAAGAGCGAAGUCAUUUGGAGGAAGUUGUUUCGUCAGCACAAAUGGACAUUUCAAAAGGCUUGCGAAUCGCAAUAGCUUAAAUAUUCUAAGACGGAGUCUUAAUCAUUCUUUGUUUCUCCCUUCAAUAGAUAAUGAUCCAGAAGUUGACAUGGAUGUUGAUGAGAAAGAUAUAAAGGAAUUGUGCGUUCAACUCAAUGACUUAGAUUCUUCUAUAGAAGAACAAGAAAAAAUAUUUAGAAAAGUUUCAGUAUCCGCUUUGUCAUCUGAUUGCAUGCAUGAUAUUGAACUAGACAGCAGCGGGAGUCAAAGUGGAACUAAAACUGAUCAAACCCCAAAUUUUUCCUCAUUCCCAGUUAGCAAUGAAUUAAACCAAGAGUACUCUGAGGAAAGUAAAGUUGAAAAACCAAAUACAUUAAAGAUUAUGCCAAUUGAGAGCAAUGAAGUUCAGUGCAAUUCAGAAAAUUCUAGCAUUUCAAAAAAAUCGCCCCUACUGAAAGAGCCAGUUCUUUGUGCAUCUCCUAAAGUUGAUGAUAGCCUAAAGAAAAGCUCAUUGAGUUCACCUUGCCUUCUUAUGAAGAACAUUUCAUCCGAAAGCCCAAAGCCCGGUUCAGAAAAAGGGACUUUUAGUAAGGCAGUAGACCCUAUUCGUUCCUCGCUGCAAUCUAGUAAAGUCAACCCCAUCGAGUCAUUGGCAGCUAGCCUUCAUAGAGGUCUGCAAAUUAUUGAUUAUCAUCAGCGGAAUUCAGCCUCAAGUAAAUCACCUGUUGCUCUUUCUUUGGAGCACUUGUCUUUGACUUCUCAGUCAGGCAUGAAGAAGGUUGAUGCUUGUGGUCAGACGCCACCAAGGGAUGUGAAUGCUCCAUUCCUGUGUUCAAAUUGCCAAAAACAAGCGACUGCUAAUGGCAAGUUCAACAUGGAUAUGCAGAUUAAUGAAGGCAACAAUUAUGGGCCUUCCAAGGAAAUUAAUAAAGUGUUGGAGGGAGAAAUCAAGGCUUCAGAAGAUGUGAAACAGAGAAACACCGAACUAGAAACUCUAUGCGUUGAGCAAGCAGAGAAAAUAAGAAAGCUGGAUUCUCAGAAUAAUGAAUAUGUUGCUGAUCAUGGAAUCAAUUCAGGUUGCAUUGACAAGGAGGCUCUUAUUGAAGAAAUAGAGCUCCUAAGAAAGCAGUUGAAGUCUUAUAACUGUAGUUCUACGAAUGUUUCACUGCUUGAACAGAUAAGAAAUGGUAGCGGUACCCCAGUAAAGGGAGAAGAGUUUGAGCGUGAGAAGGAGAGGUGGAUGGAAUCAGAGAGCAGAUGGAUAUCUCUUACUGAAGAGUUGAGGAUUGAUCUUGAAUCGAAUCGUAGGCUUGCAGAGAAGAAGGAACUUGAGCUUAGCUUUGAAAAGCAAUGCACUGCUGAAUUGGAUGAUGCGCUGCAUCGUUCCAUACAGGGGCACGCUAGAAUUAUUGAACACUAUGCUGAGCUUCAGGAGAAGUACGAUGAAUUACUUGGCAAGCACAGGAAGGUCAUGGAGGCCAUUGCAGGGGUGAAGAAGGCAGCUGCAAAAGCAGAAUCCAAAUGUAAAGGUUCUGCUUUUGCUGCAGCUCUUGCGGCUGAACUUGCAACAUCUAAAAUUGAAAGAGAGAAGGAAAGGUCUGGCCUCAAGGAGCAGAAUCGGGUCCUUAAGCUUCAACUCAGAGACACUGCCGAUGCUGUUCAUGCUGCAGGAGAACUGCUUGUGCGUUUGAAAGAGUCUGAAGAAGCUGUUUUAAUCACAGAGGAAAAGUAUGGCAAAGCACAGCAAGAAAUAGAGAAACUUAGGAGGCAAAUAGAGAAAUUGAAGAAAAAACAUACGAUGGAGAUUGCUACAAUGAAGCAUUACCUUGCAGAGAGUCGGUUGCCAGAAUCUGCAUUAGAACCACUGUACCAGCAUAAUUCUUAUAGUGCUGAUCCGAGCAGGGCCCCUUUGUCUGAUGAUAUGUCUUGGAGGUCUGCAUUCAAGCCUUCUUAUCAGUAGAUUAGAGGAAUUAAAAGUUUUCAAUGCUGAAAAUUAGCUAACUGGUGAAGUUGACAUUAUAAUUUUGUCAACUGUCUUGGAACUGGAGUUUUUCCUUGUGCUGUUCUAUUAAGAUCUGUUUUUGGAUAAAUUUAAUGAUAUCAUUGAUAGGAAGUUAAGGUGUUUGUAAUAAGAAAAUAUCCAUUUGUAAUCUCCCCAAAGAGACCCUUACCUGUCUCUUAGCAGCCUUCAGACAUGUAUCCUUUCUAUUGUAGAAUUUCUUCCAUUUCCCUAGGAUUUGCUAACUUCCUCUCUAUUUUGUUCUUAUAUUUUUCCUUGGAGGGAAAUUU